AUGACUUCAUCGAUGUCUCCUGCGUCUGGUGCGGAGGGUGGCAGUGGUGGAGGAGCGAUUAAAACGAGCAAUCGGCUCAGCCUGAAGCGACGCUCCCAGGGCGAUGCGGUCGAUGUGGGUUCGCGCGAAACCUGGAUCUCGACGAACAAGAUCCUGAAUAGUAGCUACAGUGGCCGGCGCAUCAACAGCCGCAACCCGAACUUUGACUACGAGGAAACGAAGCUGCUGAUCUCGCUGUGGGGUGACCCGCAGGUCCAGAAGACGCUCAUCACCACGCAUAAGAAGCACCCGGUGAUUGCGGAGUUGGCCCGCAAGAUGCGAGAACAGAACUACAACCGGUCGACGGAGGAGAUCAACACGCGUAUCAAGAACCUGAAGUGUUUCUACAACCGCAUCAAGAAGGAUAUGGCGGCCGGAAUCAUCAACCAAACGACCUGGCGGCACUACGCCGAUAUGGACGAGAUCAUUAGCCGGCCAGUGUUUGGGAAUGCGCAGCGGGCGCACUUGAUGCAGCAGCUCAGGGGGCAGCAGGACGAGGAGUCGAGCAAGCGGCAACCGGAGCAGGACUCGCCGGAUCAGUUGCACCGCUUUCCGGUGAAGCUGGAGCUGAUGAGCGACGACGAUGACGAUGCGACCGAGAUACGGGCGGAGGAUCUGCUUACGAUAGAUGCAAACUUCCCCGAGGAUAUCGGCGGUGGUGUUGGGAAGACUGCCACCGGAAGUUCCCGCAAUUUACUGGCCGUUCGCGGCGAGAAUCCCGGCCGGAACAGUGGUGGUCGGGCUGCAAAUGGGAGAAAGCGGCAGCACGAUGAUGUCGAGGACGAGGAAGAUGACGACGAAGAUGAGGAAGAAGAUGACGACGAAGGGAGCGAUUUCGACGUGGAAAAUGAGUUCAACGACGGUCUGGAUGAGAUUCUUCAGAAAGCGCAAGAGAAAACCAACGGACCGGUAUCGAAAGCGGGCAGCAGUAUCACCGUGCCUCCGUGUAAUCCGGUUACGAGCAAAACACCGAACCCAAGUGGAUUGGUCAUCGAAACCGUCAGCUCCGGCAGUGGAAACACCAUCUCGGCCAGCUCAUCGAACGGCCCGACACCUGGCAAAAUUUCGGUUGUUCCUACAAACCUCCUGCUCAAGACACCGACCGCUCCUUCCAGCCUAAACACUCCGAUUCAGAUCUUCACGCAACCCACGGUCAGCAUAGCGGCCGGGGGCACCGGAAAGGCGACGAUGAACAUUGCAACCACGGCCGCCGGAUCGUCGGGCGCUCCGAUGAAGCUACUGCUGGUGAACACUGUCGGCAAGGAUGGCACUACGAAGCAAAUCCUGACACCCGCCUCGGAAGUGCCGGCGAUGCCAAAGCUACUGCCCGCUCCGCUCCAGCAAGCGAAGGUUCCCAUCUCGAUCACGCCGAAAGCGCCCAUCGUCAGCAUACCGGCGGUGAACGUGCCGAAGAAACCGACGACGGUGAUAGGCGGGUUGCCAGGAUUCCUGAAGACUGGCGGUCUCUCCGGUUGCGUCGGUGGCAACGAACGGAGAUCCGGCGGCGGAUUCAAAACGCUCCUUACGCAGCUCGUUACGAUUCAGCGCGAAAAUCUUGCCCUCAACCGGGAGCGGUUGGCACUGGAGAAGGAGCGGCUCGAGUUUGAAACCAAGUUCGGUGGGUCGUUCGUCAGCAUGGUUCAGAACAUGAGCUCGUUCUUCUCCGGUAUGCUGAAGCACCAGCGCCAGGAACAGCAAACUACCACGGCAACGGGGAACCAGCUGGCAGCAAAACCUCUGCCGCACGGUGAGCCUCCGUUGCGAGCCAAAUCGGCAGAGGCGGUCAACGAUUGCUCACCGGAUGUGCGAGAACUCCUAUCGUCUCCUUCGCCGGCUUCCAACUCACCAGCGCUAGGCGUCAGCCGUCAGUUGGCCGAAGAAUUGACAAAGGAGAAGUCUUCACCCAUCACCACCACGGCCACGCAAGUUUCUGCGCCACCGGCAACGAAGCAUCCGGAGAAUUCGGGACCACCAGCAAUGACUCCGUCUCCGUUGAUGAAACUUAACGCUGAGCUUGCCGGGACCGAAGACAACGUUACGUUGCCAAAGAAGCGCCGCAUGAUGACCCGCAACUCGUCACAGCAUUCCACAGGCCCACCAAAGUUGACGCCGGCCACGAGCACCACCGCGGAUGAGUCACUCAAGGCCGAGCUGAUCAGCGACAACGACGAUCAUUAGGCCCGGUGCCAUAUGCAGCGUUUGUGUUGUUCCAUUUUUAUUAUUUACGAUAUUUAACUUAUUUGUUCACUCUUUAUCAUGCUUAUUUAUCACAUUCCCCGUUUUCACCAAGUCAAUGAGAGACUUUAUAUCAUGGAUUACAUCUUGA